AUGGACCCGAUGCUUAUCCUCGACCUGGUUAUAUUGGUCAUGGAACGAUUAAGCUUUGUUGAUUUUCAUAGAGCCAGAUGCGUUUCUUCAGUAUGGUAUUCCGCUUCAAAAUCAUGCCGCAUGAGACAAGCAAACCCAUGGCUCGUCCUCUUUCCUGCAGACGUACUUCACUUACCUCUGGAAAGCAUCGACGAUUCAUGUAAGUUGUUCGAUCCUAUUGACAACAAAUCAUACACCGUAAGAGAUCUCGGUUCUGCUAUCCUUAGGACUUCUUGUUUGGCAAGUUACAAUAGCUGGUUCCUCAUGUUAGACCGUAAAACCCGUUUUUAUCUUUUGAAUAUGCUCACUCGAGAGAGGAUUCAUCUCCCGUCCCUAGACUCAAUGGAAUCAACCGAGGGUACAAAGUUCAAAUUCAAGAGAAAUUUUGACUCUAGCUUCACGGUUACAACAUUCCAUUAUAAAGAUAACGUAACAUUGUUAUCAACGUGCUAUGGAAUUGGCGCCGCCGUUUUGUGGGUAGAUGAAAGAAACAAAGAUUAUUUUGUUGUGUGGGCUUUUGAUCGCUCUCUUGCAUAUCACAAGAAAGGAGACGAUGGAUGGAGAGUGUUUCGAUCAUCAACGAAUCAAAGCUGCGUCGAUAUGGUGUUUAUAGAAAGCAAGCUUUACGUACUUAUUGAAGACGGAAGCAUCACUGCUUUUGAUUUCUCUUGCGGUGAUUCUCCUAUGGAGUUUGCAAGUUUCACCCCGUCUCCGGAGUGUUAUGACUCAUUUGAUUUCGACCAUCUUGCUGUAACUUUGUCUGGACAAGUUUUAGGUAUUUCAAGAGAGCGGAGACACUCAUUGAACAUCUACAAGAUGGAUCCUAAAUCAUCAAAAUGGAGUAUAAUCAAGUCUCUAGGGGACGAAGCAUUGCUUUUGGAUCAACAAAUAACGGUUCCAGCCAAAGAUGGUGUUUCUAAAAAUUGUGUAUAUUAUAAUAAUGAUCGGUUUGGUAGAGGCAACAACUAUAGUCUCGGGGAGGAUGAUAACGGGAUUUGCGUCGUCAAUAUUAAUUCACACCAAGAAUGA